AUGACACAGAACGAAGAAACACCAUCGUCUUACUCUCCAAAUUCUAAGAAUGAAUCCUUAGAGAAUAAAGCUUUGGAAUUCUCCGCACCGAGUCUUGCCAACAACAAUGAAAACUUGACGAUGGAAACACCACCAUCGUCAAGACCAUCCUCCUCCUCGGUCAAAAGACCCAGGGGGAGACCCAGAGGAUCAAAAAAUAAGCCGAAACCACCUGUUGUGAUCAAUAUAGAUCCAUCAGAGACAAGUAUGAAACCAAUUUUGAUUGAAAUUCCAGCUGGAAAUGAUGUUGUGGAAUCCCUGAUCAACAUGGCUUGGCGUCAUCAAGCAGAUAUAUCAGUGUUAAGAGGUUUUGGUAUGGUCUCAAACAUUACUCUUUGCAAUCCAAUAUCUCAUUCCCCUGCAUUCACUUAUCAAGGGCCAUUCCAAAUGAUAUCUCUAUGUGGAACAUACGUUAAUCCCAAUUGUGGUCGUGUUCCAUCACAAUUCAUAACUCACCCUGCUUGUUCCUCUUUUACAAUUUACCUAUCUGGUGGUCGAGGUGGACAAGUGUUUGGUGGUGUUGUUGGAGGAAAAGUUAUGGCUGCUGAGGUUGUUUCAAUCACUGCCACUCUUUUCAAAAAGCCAAAGUUUUAUAGGGUAGUUACCACCAAUGGAGGUAUUAAGGAAGUUGCUGAAGAUGAAACCAGACAUGUUGAUAACAACAACAAUGUCAUUAUGUCUGGUUAUAGUGCCAAUUCAAGCCACAUGAAUCCUCCUUCUGAUGUCAAUUUCAUGCACUGGAAUCACUCUACCCGUACUAAUAAUUACUAG